AUGGCUGCUACGCCCAGCAACACAAAGGACGUCGGGGGUAACCAACGUUCAGCAUGCGAUUAUUGUCGACAUCACAAGCUGAGGUGUAUUCGCAUUCCAGGAGAACAGCGCUGUCAACGAUGCGUAAAGACCAAUUCGGAAUGUUGUACAGGCGCAACCCUGAGAUCCGGUAGACCAUCGCGCCCACGACCUACCGGCCCGUCCUCGAACUCGCCAGCGUCCCAGGCGAUUUGGCAGCCCCAACCACCCCAGGAACUACCGACGCCACCAAACACCGACUUUGAAGCCUUGUUGGAUGGUUACUCUGGAGAUUUCACGGCUCAAGUUCAAGUUGCGAACGAGACUGUUCAGCAUCCGAUCGAUCUCGGCAAUGUGAGCUUUGGUGACGAGACGUUGGGAGUCCAAGGGUUUGAAGCUGGGGCUACGUCUGCAAAUUUACCUUCUGCUUUUCUCAGGCGAUUUGAAGCAUCGCGAAAACUGGCAAACCUCCAGAGUGAAAUGCACGGUUUAUUGGAAUUCGUCAAACUUUGUAAAACGGCUGAUAAAUGUUCAACCUUGAACGACGUUUCAUCCACCGACCAGCUGGAUACAACCAUGAUUGGGCAGAUGCUGCAACAGUCUACAGCUUUGCUUGAUAUCUUGAACUGCUUCCGACCGUUUUCACCUAGUGGUGCAUCAGAUAUACCGCUUGACCUACCAGUAUGUGAAGUACCAACGAUGACUUCGUUGCUGUCAUGUUACAUUGGCCUCAUUCGCAUCCUCCGAACCGUCUUCUCCACGAUCUACGACUCAAUGCCUUUCCUAGACUCUAUCCAACAGCAAGAAAUGAAUCUGUGCUCGGUCAUUGAAAUCGGUGGAUUCAGGCUCCAGAGCGAGCCCUCUGCACAGAUACUGUUCUUGGUUGAAGUGAGCGAGAGUCUUUUGUCAAAGAUUCAGCGGAAGUUUGGGAUCCAUGAAACUCAAGAAUCCGUUCAUGAGUCCAUCUUUAAUCCGGCGCAGGCAACAAAGAUGCUGCACGUCAUGGUCGAGGCUGAGGAGUCCGAACAGCCAGGAAUGGAAGAUAUGCGAGGUCCUUGUGCUCCUCUCAAUACGAUCUUUGCUGAUUUGAAACGGACAAUUCGGAAGGAGACAUUUGAAUCAAGGUUAUCUUGA